AUGAACAAAGGUGACAUCAGGCAGAACCAGAAGAAUGAUCCAAAACUCGACAAGAUCAUUGUUGCCUUGGAAGGAGCAGACCAAUUAAAUGUGUCUCGGUGGACCGAAAGUGGAUAUUUAAUGGCCAAUGGUAUUCUUUAUCACUGGGAUUCUGAACACAAUAGUGACGAACCACAACUGGUAAUCCCAGCAAGUCUUCGUGAAGAUAUAAGAAAUGCCCAUGACUCUGCUAAGGGGGGACAUUAUGUAAUAGACAGAACGAUUCAGGAGAUUGCUACUAACUACUACUUUGUUGAGUGUCAGCACUAUAAAGCUACAAACUUGAAGCCUGCCGGCUUAUUGCAAACGCCUGCACCAGCGCAGCGUUUAGAGGUUAUCUCCGUAGAUUUAUUUGGGCAAUUACCUAUAACUCCUCAAGGUAAUCGCUGGAUACUGAUUGUAGAAGACAUUGCGUCGAAAUGGGUGGAACUAUUCCCGUUGGAGAUUGCAUCCGCUGAGACGUGUGCAAAAAUUCUCAUUAACGAAAUCAUCCUCAGAUUUGGUACUCCCCGGAAAAUGAUAUCCGACAAUGGAGUCCAAUUUAUAAGCGAGAUAAUGCAAAAAGUCAUAUUUUGUUUCGGAAUAAGGAAUUCCUUUAUACCUGCCUAUCAUCCUGAGAGUAAUCCCGUUGAACUAAUUACUCCGUACCUUCGAGACCUAGAAAAUACCCUUCGCCAAUCGAAAGAGACUCUUAUCAGAGAGCAAGAUAAAAGAAAACAAUACGCAGACCAACGUCGUCGUGCUGUUAAUUACAAAAUAGGACAGAAAGUACUAUUAAAAACUCAUGUUUUGAGUAAUGCCCAAAAGGGAAUCUCGUCGAAGUUAGCUCCUAAACGAGAUGGGCCGUACCUGAUUACCAAAUUGGUAACCCCCACAACUUAUGAACUAAGCUCGAUAUCAGCUCCUACAGAAAUAGUUGGACGAUAUCAUGUCUCGGAUUUGACCGAGUUUCGAGAACCAGAAGAUGGUCAACCCUCCAAAAUCUUACCAACGCCUUUGGUGCCCAAACAGAAGAGGGGACGAACGAAGAAAACCUAG